AUGCGAACCGUCCUUUUGGCGAAAGUUGAUCCUACUAGAAGUGAUUACCUGGUGCAAGCCGAAGAGCUGGCUCAUUUUGCUCAGGCAUACGAAUUUAACGUGGGAAGGGAGAAGACUCUUGGACAAGAAAUUGUUGGGUCCGUUUCGGAACGACGUGAAAAGGAGAUGCGCCGAUGUCACUCUUGUAAUGAGACAGUGGGUCCAGCAGACAUUUGGUCAGUGAUGAAUCAUGGCUUGAAUGUCGAUUCUUGUCAAGGAACAUGUCUUCAACCCGAUGGUAUGCCACUAAAUGUGUCCAAAAAGGGUUCGGUGACAAUGAUGGUUAUGGCGGGUGGUAUUGAAAGAGUGCUGACACUUAAAGAAGUUUAUUUUGCCGAAGGCGUUAAGUGCAACUUGAUUUCGUAUGGAAACUUGGAUGAAAAGGGCUACUCACUUGGAUACAAUGGUGCUCAACGCGUGCUAGCAGAUAGGAAUUAUGGUCAAGUUGCUUUUGACGUAGAAUUAAUUCGAAAUGUUUUGGUGGUUUCUUGUCGCGUGGAGAAAAGUAUUAUAAAACCUGUUGGUGCUAUCAUGUCAAUAUUGAAUGUGGAAGCGAGCCGACGGUGCCAGGUGUCUGAUGAUGUUCAGAAGGGUACUUUGAUAAAAUUUCACAAGCGUCUCGGACACUUGAGCUAUGAUACCAUUGAGAGGUUUAAUCGCGAUCCAUCCUCUGACAUUGUCUAA